AUGACAUUCAAACAGGCUCAGAAAUACAUCUCCUCCAGCCAUACAUUGCAAGUGUUGUAUGGGCUGUGGUGUCCUGAUAAUCACCUAGUGGAUGGGAAUUCAGCCAUUCUUGGUAACCUGAAGCAUGCAAGCCUUGCUUUGAAGGAAGCGAGGCUUUGCAUCCAAGGAGAAUAUGACCUAUGCAAUGCUCACUUGCCUGCUAUGUCAGGGAAGGCAGCUGGCAUCUUGGAUACUGCACCAUACAUACAUGUCAAAGAGGGCAUGAUUGGUGAUGAGGUACUUUGGUGGGUAUUACAUGUAGUUUUAUUUGGUAAUUUGAAACCCUCUGUUUUUGAUUGUCCUCCUCCAGGAGGGUACCUGAUUACUGAUGUAUCAUGUGCAGUAGUUCAGACAGAUGUUGAUGCAAUCAUCCACUUUGAUGAAGUAGAGAAGAAAGCACAAACAUUUCUGGUGACACUAAAAAAUGACUUUCCUAAGUCAUGGACUGAGCUAUGCUUCGAAGUCCAUGGGCUCCAUCAGAAAGCACCAGGCACAGAUGGAGAGAGGUGUUGGGUAUUGAGAGGUAUUCCUGGAUAA